AUGGUGGAACUCUUCGUGAAUGGAAACAGGACCCUUGGGCCAGCACCACUGUCAGACUACCGCUUCGAAGGAUAUGUGCACCCGGAGGCGUACCGGGACUCCUCAGGGCGGAUCUUUUCUUUGUCGAGUCCUUGGGCAGAGAAUGUGGAGGACAUCGCCCGCAGUUUGGCCCUCUUCAAUGCGAACCGCAGCCUACGGCGUGGUGUGGAGCAGAGGAAGGCCCGACGCUUCCGCCUGGGCCGGCGGCCCGCCGCACCCCGCACGGGGACGGCCUCGAGGCAACUGGGAACGAACAUCAGCGUCUUCCUUGAGCAGCUUGUGGCUGCUGGUGUGGCUUUGGAGGGCAGCUUUGUAAACAUCGGAGCUAACGAAGGGAUCGCCGACGAUCCUUUGAGCCACUUUGCCCAGAGCAGGCUCGUGAAGGAGAGUGGCACAGCAGUCGCCAUUGAGGCAGAUGAAGGGUUCUGUGCGCAGCACCGGAAGAACCUGCCUUGGGUGACACUCCACUGUGGCUUCGCGGUGCCGGCCACGCUGAAGGCUUUGCUGGGGCGGCUGACCUGGCGGAGUCUUGAUGUGCUGAAAGUGGACAUCGACUCUUAUGAUGGAUCGUGGACGAGUGCAUCCACCGUCUGGGCUGGCGCCCGAAGGUGGUGCAGGUCGAGGUGA